AUGGGAAAUAUCGUUGAACUUGUGUCAAAGUCAGAUUUAAUCGCUUUAUCGAUAAGUGAAACUUCAUCGAAAGUAAAGCAAGUUUCUUCAAUACAAAUUCACGAUUUUAUCGAAAUUAUAACUUCUUUACUUCAACAUUGUCAUAAAUUUGUUUCUUCUAUAAAAUCAAAUACACAUUAUCAAUAUCAUCCUAUAUUUAAAUGGUAUUCUGGAAAACAUGAUUCAAAUAUUCCAAAUUCACAUUUUAAUUUAGUCAUUACACAGCUUGAAUAUUUAUGGCAGAGACUGUUUAUACUCAAGGCGUUUGAUCAUGUUUUGAAUUUUAAACCUACGGUUAAAGAUCAAAGUAAUCUGUUAAAAUUAUCACCAAGAAAAAAUAGUUUUAGCGAUAAGAAAAUUAGUUUGACUUCAGGAAAAGUUACAAUUUAUGCUAUUGAAACUCAAGCGGUUUGUCGUUUAUAUGUAUUGCUAUUAAAACUUCUCACCGAUCAAAAACAUGAUAUCAUAAUGAAUUUAACUUAUAUUCCAAGUCUCGUUCCUAAUCUUUGGAAGUUUUUAAUGUGUUUGGGUCCAAAAGGGAAUAUGGAGAUAUUCUUGAAUGGAUCUGUAGUAAAAGCGCCAGAAAAGGAACCUUUGAUAAGUAUAUUAGAAUUAUUUUGUGAAUGUUGCAGUAUAUUAUUGUUAACGACGGACGACGAUGAACUAUAUGAUAUGCAAAAUCCUUUUUCAAUUGAAACAGAUGUAAUUCCCAUGGCUGUGUUCUUUAACCGAUUUUGCUUCGCAUUAUUAAGUCAUUCAUCACCUGAAGGUUAUCCACCAACAAUAUUUGAAUCAGCACGUAGGGUUUUACUUCAAUUACAUUCGAGAGACACGCGUCGUUCAUUUUCUGAAGAAAGUAUUUGGCUACUAAUUAAAGAUCCAAAGAAAUCUUUACCAAAAUCGCUUAAAGACCUUUUCAAAAAAUCUUUGUCAAGUAACAAUAAUGACAAGGAACUUAUGGGAAUGUCGUUCUUGGAUCGAAUCCGUGAUAAUGAUCCUAUAUCGAUUAAAAUUCUUAAUUUAUUACCGCAUACGAUUCCAUUUGAAACGAGAUUAGAAAUUUUUCGUGAUUAUUUGAAAAAUGGUGUCCCAAUUAUUUUAAAUAGUGAAAUUAUGAUUAGAGUUAGGAGAGAUCAUGUGUUGGAUGAUGGUUAUAAACAUUUGGGUGGAUUAAAUCCGGUGAAAACAAAAGGAAGAAUUCGCGUAAAAUUUGUAAACGAAACUGGUGCCGAGGAAGAUGGUGUGGAUCAAGGAGGUCCAUUUAAAGAAUUCAUAACGCAGCUUAUCGCUGAAGCAUUUGACCCAUCUUGUGGUUUAUUUGCUGUAACUCCUAAUAGUUCAAUGCUUUAUCCAAAUCAUCAGAAUACGUCAACAAAGAUUACAUUAUAUUCAUUUUUGGGUAAGAUGAUCGCGAGAGCAAUACAGGAAGGUAUUUUAGUCGAUGUACAAUUUGCUGGAUUUUUCCUAAGUAAAAUGGCUGGUAGAGCUGUUUUUCUGGAAGAUUUAAUUGGACUGGACGAUGAUUUACUGAAGAAUUUAUUGUUUUUAAAAAGAUAUGAUGGGAAUGUUGAGGAUUUGGGGUUAUAUUUUGCGGUUGAUGAAGAAAGUAAUGGAAAAGUCGUUUCAAAAGAUCUCAGGAUAGGUGGAUCGCACUUGUCUGUUACUAAUGACAAUAGGAUUCAGUACAUAUAUCUCAUGGCUGAUUACAAGUUGAAUAAACAGGCAAAAGAACAGACCAGAGCAUUCAUUAAUGGUUUUCAAUCUAUGAUACCCGAAAAUUGGCUAAGGAUGUUUUCACCACCAGAACUGCAACGCGUUCUUUCCGGGGAGGACGUUAAUUGGGACGUUUCUGAUCUGCGUAAAUAUACGUUAUAUCAGAAUGGAUACUUCGAUCAACAUCGAAGUAUACGGCAUUUUUGGUCUAUAUUAGAAGAGAUGAAUUCAAAUGAUAAAAGCGCAUUUCUUAAAUUUGUUACGAGUUGUUCCAAGCCACCACUUGGUGGAUUUAAAUAUCUUCAACCACAAUUUACGAUUCGUAUGAUUUCAAGUGAUCAUGCUUCACCUGUAGAAAAUGUCAAUUCCUCACGUUCAAGAUUGAGUAUGGGACAAGUUAAAUCUUUAUUUUCUUCUCUUGGAAAUUUAAAAUCCGCCUCAAAGGAGCGACUACCAAUGAGUUCAACAUGGUAA